CGCACUGUGUGGGCGCCAGCAGCCUGCCGGGCGGUUGACACCGGAUGGAGCGGGAGCAGUUGGUUCGGAAGGUGGUGGUGCUGCAGGCCUGCGUCCGGGGUUUCCUGGUCCGACGCCAGUUCCAGAGUCUACAGGCCGAGUAUGAGGCUAUUGUACGAGAGAUCGAGGGUGAUGUGGGCACACUACAGUGGACUGAGGGCUGGAUUCCCAGACCCCGAUUUCUCCCACAGAAGGCAAAAUCCCAUCGGUCCUGGAAAUCUGGAGAGAGGGUACCAAAGCCAGAGCAGAAACUAUGGGGCUGCUUCCCAUGUGAGGAGCCUGAGAGAGAGGCUAUCCAGGAGGAGAUGAUGCUGAAGAAAUUAGGAGAGAGCUCAGCAAAUUCAGAAAGUCUUUGCUACAGAGAUGACAGCCCCUGGCUUCAGGAUGAGCAGAGCAGGAAAACCAGGAAACCUAGCCAAGAGAAGAUCAAAGAUCUCUCAAGGAUGGAGAACCCAGAAGCUGCAGGUCCAGGACUGCCCCACAGCCUGAAUGAGCUCCAGGAACUCCAGUACCACCACAGCCACUUGGCCAUGGAACUUCUGUGGAUACAGCAGGCCAUCAAUAGCCGUAAGAAGUACCUGAUUCUCAAACAAACACUGAGAUCCCCAGAGGUGAGCCCAGACCACAGAGAUCAGGCCUGUGAGAGAGCUGGGUCACAAUCAGACCCCUCACUGGAAGAUCACUGCUACGGAGACAGGACCAAUGGAGAACAAGACCACGUGGAUGACUCUUGCUGGAGGCUCAAAUCACAACCCCACAAAUCCCCAGAAAGACUGGCUGCUACAGAUGAAACCAUUGCUGAGGCCAAGUAUAGGGACCCAUGCCGCAGGAGGCUUGGGCCACAGCUGCCCAUACCAUCACAUAACCAGGCCGUAGAGAACAGGAUCACCAAAGAGCCACACCAUGGGGAACAGACCUUUGGAGGGACUUGCCUACAUCUGACAAAACUGGAGGACCAGAUCCACAAAGGCCUCAAACCUAAGGGCCACUGUUCUGGAAAGGCCAGAACACAGCUGCCUACACUCCUUGCGGACCCAGAUAUUGAAAAUAAGUCUCCCAGAGGGCCAGACCACAAAGAGCCUGAUUACCAAAGAGCUAAGCCACAAGAGUUGGGCUUCUCAGAUAACCGUGUCAUCUGGGAUGGAACUUUUGCAGAACAUGGUAGCCUGAAUUUCUGGAAGACUAAACCACCAAAGGGCCAGACCCCAAGAAAUAAAAGCACCAGAGAUAGAACUUCUAAUGAGCCUAGCUCUGAAGGAUGGAAAAACCAGAGGACUGGACCAUGCAGAUCAAGGCCACUUGAGAACUCUUCUUCUACAGGGUCAGAAGCAUAGGAGAAAACCACUGGCAGGGCAGGAAAACAGGGCACCAGACUAGACUCAGGAGCCAGGGAGGCUCAGGUCCAAAGGGGGAUCAUAUGAAAGGGCAAGGAGACAGACAGGUUCUCAUCCUGGCUCCCCAGUUCCAGCCCUACCUCCUGUCCCUGCCCCUGGCCAGGGGAGGCCAGUGGGGCCAAGAGAAGCUGGAGCAAAGAGUUGACACCAGUACAGGGAGCGGAGGGAGAAGAACACUUUCAUCCUCUGCCUGUGGCUCAAUCCAGAUUUCAGGACAGGAGAGUUAUGGGUACAUAAAGUGGGAGA